AUGUUUUUGAAUGGUUCCGACAUCAUCCUUGAUGAUGAGAAGUAUUUUGGUUUGUCAGGUGACAAUGUUCAAUGCAAUCAAAGAUUUUACACAACAGAUCCAUCAACAACUCCUUCCGAUGUGAAAUAUAAAAAGAAAAAGAAAUAUCCACCCAAAAUUCUCAUUUGCAUGGCAAUGUCGGCGAGGGGUGUGUCAGAUAUUUAUGUCCAUAAGAGCAAAGAAGCCAUUAAAAGUGAUAUCUAUUUAAAUGAAUGUAUUAAUAAUCGAUUGUUGCCAUUUAUCGAAGAGCAUCACAAAAAUAAUGAUUUUGUCUUCUGGCCCGAUAAAGCCAGUGUACAUUAUGCUGGUGUCGUCCUUGAUCGAUUGAAACAAAAAAAUAUCCCCGUUAAGGUUUACGCCAAUAAUUGGCAAGCCAAAGAUCUGGAUUCAUUAGCUCGUCGAGUCAAGAAAAAAGCCAAAGAACUGGAUCCAAAAACGUUGCAAGCCAUGGUGAAGAACGUUAGCAAGCAGCUUCAUAUAGUUGAAGAACUUAGUAAUUUAGAUAAUAAGUUUUUAAAAUUAACAGAUUAUAUAUUGAAAAAUUAUAUUGAACAUGCAAGAUUUCCUAUAGAAAAGUGGAACCAUUUUGAUUUAAUAGAGGAAAGGCCACGUACAAAUAAUCACGUAGAAGGCUACCAUCGACAGUUAAAUGCACAUAUAGGAAUACAUCCAAGUAUUUGGAAUUGGAUAAUGAACAUACAAAAAGCUGAAGAAAUAACAGCUAUACGUGUUGAACAAGAAGAUGAACAAGGAAGGACGAAUAGAAAAAGAAGAAAACAAGAUGUUCGACAUGAUAUUCAUUUAGUUUCUGCCAAAAAUGCAUUUGCAAAUGAUGAAAUUGAUCUACAAGAAUUUCAGCUACUUUCACGCCACUUUGCAUACAACUACUUAGAUGUUUUCCACAAAACUCGUGAUUCAGACAUAAGCACCGAUGAUGACGACGAGAGCAAUGCAUAA